AUCCACUAGGCCAUGGCUGGUCCGCCACUAGUUGCAGCUGUCAGUCUCAAAAAUAAAAUAGAAAUAUACAUACAUACAUACAGGAAUGGAUGGUCCGGAAAAGAAAAUAACCUUCAAUUCCUAGCUAAUGGCGCACGCAUCAUGAUUUGAUUGAAUUAUUGUUUACUGGCGCGAGUUCGCAGUCGGCCUGGAGUUGUUUUGAUCUUCUUCAUUCAAUUCAAUGGCUGCUGCGGUGAACUUGAGCAGGAGAGGAAGUGCAUAUGCAUCCAUCCAACCCGGCGUCGGCUAUGGUCUGAUGAUCUUCACUAGAUUGCUCACCGCUGGCCCGGACCACUCGUUUGCUCAGAUGUUAAGGGCUCUACCCAAGGAUUUCCCUGCCACUAACAUCAAGCGGGAAGUCUCUCAGUUGAUUGGGAGGACGCCUCUGGUUUACCUCAAUAAAGUUACACAAGGGUGCGGUGCAUAUAUAGCUGUAAAACAAGAGAUGAUGCAGCCUACAUCCAGCAUCAAGGAUCGGCCUGCAAUGGCAAUGAUUGAAGACGCAGAAAAGAAAGGUCUGAUCUCACCUGGGAAGACAACAUUAAUAGAACCGACAUCUGGAAAUAUGGGUAUCAGUAUGGCAUUCAUGGCUGCAAUGAAAGGGUACAAGAUGGUUUUGACAAUGCCCUCAUAUACCAGCAUUGAGAGGAGGGUGACAAUGAAAGCAUUUGGAGCUGAUUUAAUAGUUACAGACCCAACCAAGGGUAUGGGUGGAACAGUGAGGAAAGCUUACCAGCUUCUGGAAUCGACACCAAAUGCUUUUAUGCUUCAGCAGUUCUCCAAUCCUGCAAAUACUCAAAUACAUUUUGACACAACGGGUCCUGAAAUAUGGGAGGACACACAGGGUAAUGUGGACAUUUUUGUUAUGGGAAUUGGAAGUGGUGGAACUGUCUCUGGCGUUGGACAAUACCUCAAAUCCCAAAACCCCAAUGUUAAGAUAUAUGGAAUGGAGCCAGCUGAAAGCAAUGUACUGAAUGGUGGCAAACCAGGUCCUCAUCAUAUAACUGGAAAUGGGGUCGGUUUCAAGCCAGACAUCCUGGACAUGGAUGUCAUGGAAGAAGUUCUGAUGGUUUCAAGUGAAGAAUCAGUUAGCAUGGCCAGAGAGUUGGCACUUAAGGAAGGCCUUAUGGUUGGGAUAUCAUCUGGGGCUAAUACAGUAGCUGCACUUAGCCUAGCUAGCAGACCCGAAAACAAAGGAAAGCUUAUCGUGACAGUGCAUCCAAGCUUUGGUGAGCGAUACUUGUCGUCAAUCCUUUAUGAAAAUCUCAGGAAAGAGGCUGAAGCAAUGCAACCAGUUCCAGUUGAUUAGGGUUAAGCAUAAAUACUCCAUGAUUAGCAGCAUAUAUGUAUAUGUAGCAUGCUUUUCUAUGAAUAAAAUACUUCCUAAAUUAGUGACUUUUCAUUAUGAAAAUGUUCAUUAUAUCUGUAAAUUGCCACUGGCUCCUUUAGGAUGAGAGACUACGACUAGUAAUAAAUGCAGCAAAAAGGCGUUGCUACUCCCAAAUUUGAAUAAAAAUAGGAUCUUCAAAUUUUAAUCCCAAUUGUUUUGCUCUGCCCAUUAUCAGACGUGCUGAUGGCAUCAGCGGAGCCAAAACUUCUGAUUGGAAUUAAAACACAACGGUCAAUCAUUUCAAGUU